AUGGCGUCUCUUAGAUUCUACACCGUAGAGAUGUCGUCGACGACACCGUGUCUAUGUCCAUGCCCGUCAUCUCCGAUUUCUCUUUCGUUGUCUUCUCGGAGAUCACAUCUGUUUCUUAACACAACGAACAAGAGACUAGAUUCAUCAAGAAAUUGCAGAACGCUGCGAAUCAGUUGUUCGUCUUCCUCUACUGUCACUGACCAGACACAGCAGUCGUCUUUCAACGAUGCUGAGAUGAAACUCAUUGACGCUUUGAUCGGAAUUCAAGGCCGUGGCAAAUCCGCUUCUCCUAAACAGCUCAAUGAUGUGGAAUCUGCUGUGAAAGUUCUUGAAGGUUUAGAGGGCAUUCCAAAUCCUACAGAUUCUGAGUUAAUCGAAGGUCGUUGGCAAUUAAUGUUCACCACAAGACCUGGAACUGCAUCUCCAAUCCAGAGAACAUUUACAGGAGUAGAUGUGUUCACAGUGUUUCAAGAUGUAUACUUGAAGACAACAAACAAUGAUCCUCGUGUUUCAAACAUUGUUAAAUUCUCGGACUUCAUUGGAGAGCUGAAAGUUGAGGCAGUUGCGUCGAUCAAAGAUGGGAAAAGGGUUUUGUUUCGUUUCGAUAGAGCGGCUUUCGAUAUAAAGUUUCUUCCUUUCAAAGUUCCAUAUCCAGUUCCUUUUAGACUUCUUGGUGAUGAAGCAAAAGGUUGGUUAGACACUACUUAUCUGUCUCCUUCAGGAAACCUUAGGAUUUCAAGAGGAAACAAGGGAACAACGUUUGUUCUUCAGAAAGAAACCGUUCCUAGGCAGAAACUGUUAGCCACCAUAUCUCAAGAUAAAGGAGUAGCAGAGGCUAUCGAUGAGUUUCUUGCCAAGAAUUCUAAUUCCGCUGAAGAUGAUGAUGGUUAUGAGCUUUUAGAGGGAAGCUGGCAAAUGAUUUGGAGUUCACAGAUGUUUACAGAUAGUUGGCUUGAAAAUGCAGCAAAUGGUCUUAUGGGAAGACAGAUCAUUGAGAAAGAUGGAAGGAUAAAGUUUGAAGUUAAUAUCCUUCCGGCGUUUAGAUUCUCCAUGAAAGGCAGAUUCUUGAAAUCAGGAGACAGUACUUAUGAACUGAAGAUGAAUGACUCAGCAAUUAUAGGCGGUCCAUUUGGAUAUCCGUUAGAAUUGACCAACAUUCUCGAUCUUCAAAUUCUCUAUACAGAUGAGAAGAUGAGGAUAAGUCGAGGAUUUGAUAACAUAAUCUUCGUGCACAUCCGGGAAAUGUAG